UAUGCUCUAGAUUUACCCGUACCGAACAGCUCGACCUGCCCCAGCCCUUACUCCUUAAUUAUUCGGUGAUGGCCGCGAGUGCCAAACGAAAACAGGAGGAGAAGCACCUGAAGAUGCUUCGGGAGAUGACCAGCCUGCCUCCCAAUAGGAAAUGCUUUGAUUGCGACCAGCGCGGCCCGACCUACGUCAACAUGACAGUGGGCUCGUUUGUGUGCACCACCUGUUCCGGAAUACUACGAGGCCUCAACCCUCCACACAGAGUGAAGUCCAUCUCUAUGACAACUUUCACCCAACAGGAAAUUGAGUUCUUGCAAAAACACAGCAAUGAGCUCUGCAAACACAUUUGGCUGGGGCUGUACGAUGACAAGAGCUCUGUGAUCCCAGAUUUCCGCGAACCUCAAAAAGUCAAAGAGUUUCUUCAGGAGAAAUAUGAGAAGAAAAGAUGGUAUGUUCCCCCAGAACAAGCCAAGGUUUUAGCCUCAGUGCAGGCCUCGAUAUCUGGUUCAUCAGCUAGCAGCACCAGCAGCACCCCAGAGGUUCUUCCACAGCCCCUCAAAACCCUGCAUCUCACCAAGACUCCUUCUAACCAGUCCCCAGUGAUCAGUCGUGCUCAGUCUGUAGGCCAGGAGAAAAAGUUUGACCUCCUCUCAGACUUGGGUGGAGAUAUUUUUGCUGCCCCUCAAGCUCAAACUGCCGGCUCUUCAAACUUUGCAAAUUUUGCACAUUUUAACAGGCCCUCAGCACAAAAUAAUUCCACCACAGACUUUGCCAACUUUAAUUCCUUUGGAAACGCCAGUGUAUCAUCACAUUUUGGCACAUCACCCCCCUCAAAGCCUUCCCUCCAACAGCCCCACACAGGAGGAGGCAUGUCCGUUCCUCCACUACCCAGUAUGCCUCCUGCACCACCUCUGGCUGGUUUAUCAAGAGAGGACCGUUAUGCUGCGCUGGCUGAGCUUGACAGUGCCCUCAGUAUUACCAUCCCCGCACAAGGUGGUUUUGGAGGCGUCCCAGGAGCUCCUGCACCGCCACCUCAGCAUGGACUGCCCAACAUGCAACAGGGUUUUGCAGCUGCUCCCUCCACAAACCCAUUCGUCGCUGCUGGGAUGGUUCAGGAGCCCAUGUCUACAAAUCCUUUCCAAACCAACGGACGAGCCGCUGCUUCAGCCUCAUUUGGCACUGGCUCCAUGAGCAUGCCAGCUGGCUUUGGGAACACAACCAGUUACUGCCUGCCAACCAGUUUUAGUGGGACCUUCCAGCAGCAAUUCCCUGGCCAAGGUCCCUUUCCCCCACCUGCAGCCUACCACCAACAGCCCAAUGGGGGGUUUCCAGCCUACGGACAGGCCAAACCUAUGGGCAAUUAUGGACAGGCGGUCACAGGACCUGGCAUUUCCAGCAACCCGUUCAUGGGGGGAGGCCCAGCAGGAACAUACCCCACAGGAGGUUCCUCCACAAAUCCAUUUCUCUAAAGCGCUUCUUUUUGUUACAUCACAUCUCAGCUGCGUCAUGCACACAUUCCGCAUCACCAAUGCUCUAAAACAUUGUCUUCGAGAAUCUGAAAGUAUUCAGAUUUUGUAUUUACUGCACUGAGUCUUCGACAUUUCUAGAGAAAGAGCUGUGGAUACGCAGGUGACGGUCUUCCCCACCCAUCUGUGUAUUCUGGACAAAACUCCACGAUUGUCCCUCCUCAUGUAUGCCUUUGACUCAAUAAGUAAUGUUUUAAGCCUAGAAAGUAAGCUCCUUGUGCAUAUCAGCAUUUGUAAUCCUUUUAAAAACAUGUUAUUCACAAAGAGAAACUGUGACUGAACAGCAGAACACGAUGGUGUCUAGGGAUGCUGUGAUUUAGCUGUUAAAAAAAACAACCUCGGUUUGUCCUUAGCACCCGCUCUAGCAGAAAUGUUUCGUUCUGUUGAGGAAGAGACGCCACUGAUCGCCUCAUGGAGGUCAGAAAACGUGGUUUGGAUGGAAACCUGACACCUGUUGAAAGAGCAGAGGAGCUCAGCACAAGCGGUUAUGUAGAUAAAAGCAGAUUUCUACAGCACAAAAAGGCCGAGUAGAUGUCAGUGGUAGAGUUCGCUUUUCUAUGAUCUCCCCUUGGGGUCUCUAUAGCCGCACCUUUGGGAAAUUUGCAGGUCUGACCUGCGGUUGUUCUCCGUCGAUGGAUUUUUGACCACAUCAAACGUUACCAUUACAGGUAUACAAGUUAAUGUGUACAUAUAUAAAUAUAUGUAUAAAAUAUUAAAUGAUUUUUAACUACUGUGUUA